GCAUACGGAUCAUGGUUUGAGCAUACCUGUGCCUGGCUAUCCAUGAGAGAAAGAGACAACUUCCUGCUAUUGAGCUAUGAAGACAUAAAAAAGGACACAAAGAGCACCAUACUGAAGAUCUGUGACUUCCUAGGAAAGAAAUUAGAGCCAGAUGAGCUGGAUAUGGUCCUCAAGUACAGCUCCUUUGAAGCCAUGAAAGAAAAUAACAUGUCCAAUUUUAGUACCAUCCCGGAAGAUGUGAUUACUAAUGGUUUGGUUCUCUUGAGAAAAGGCACGACUGGGGACUGGAAGAAUCACUUUACAGUAGCCCAAGCUGAAGCCUUUGAUAAAGUAUUUCAUGAGAAAAUGGCCGGUUUUCCUACAGGGCUUUUUCCGUGGGAAUAAGUUGUUAACACUUUUAAAUCAUAUUUGGACACAGGGGUUUAUUUUACUGUCCUUAUACAUGUAAAUGCCUGGAUGCAGUCACAGAAUAAAUCCUGUUAUUGAAA